CCAAUCGAAAACGAAGACGAACGAGCUAGCAACAUUUGCGCUUCUCUCUCUCUAACGAGUUUCUUUCUCUCUCAACGGAGAAGGACGAACUGACAACAAUUGUACUCCCUUCGCUCUCUCUCUAGUAACGGAGACCGACGGGCGAAUAAAGAAAGAUUGCUCUCUCUCUCUCUAGUUUUACUUUUAGGCUCCCGCUUGCUUGGAAGAUGACAACGCCAAAGCCCUCUCUCUCCCUCUCGCCUGGAAAAGCACAUGCCGUAACCCUUGUUUCUCUCUCUCUCUAAAGCUCCUCUCUCUCAGUCUCAUGUAACGAAAGACCGCUCCUUUGUUCCUCUCUCGAGAACCUUCGCCUUUGCUGCUUCUGCUUCUGCUUCUGCUGCUGCAAGAUAAUGUUAAGGCCAAAGCAGCUUGGUCCCCUCUGCAAGGGUGCUCGCUCAUUUAUUGUCAGUGAGUCGCGAAGUAGUACGGUAGAUGGCCCUCCACCUACGUCUUCUGAAGAUGAAAACUCCCACUCAAGGCAUCAACCUAAACACUCCUUAUCUUCUAUGAGGCAGCUGUUUUUCCAUAGAAUUUCUCCCUUUGCAUGUCCAACUUCUGAGAAAGCAGGAAUUUUGGUCUCUAAAGGAACGACUCCUACCACCGAUCAAAGAGACCAAAGUCAUAGCACUUCACCUAAGGUGUCAGAUGCUCUAUCAUCAUCUCCAAAAGGUGCAAGUUUCCUUGUCUAUGGCGAUGCUUGUGAUUCUUCCAUUCCAAAGGAUUCAGUCUCAACAGCAAUGUCAAUAUCUGAGCAGUUUAUUAAGGCUGGUCUUACCACUAUUGAGUUUUUCUCUGACUUGGCAAAUUUCAGAGUCCCGAAGCUCGAUGGCAGUGGCCUACUUGUUAUGCCUUCAAAUUCCAUGGUUGAUACCAAUAGAGCUGUGUCUAAUUGUUCCAAGUCCUCACAAGGCAAGUUGCCUUCUUCUAAAUCGGCCCCUUUUUCUGGUCGGCCACAUAACAUAGAUAACUCAGCUAAUGUAUUAGAGAGAUCAACAAGUCCUGUGCAAAAAGUUGACAAGAGGGGCUCCCUUAAGGCCACCAGUACAGUUGAGGCAUUUCAGCAUGUUAAUCAUAAUGAUAACCACCCAACAGCUUCUAACCAUAGACAGAGGACAAAGGGCCCCCACUCAUCAUCAUACAAAGUGAAGAGCCCAUCAAAUUCGGGGACCGGUGGUGGGGACUGGAAAGUUGCAGGUAACAAAGAAACCAAGGGAAGGGUCAAUUUUGUUGGUAGUGGAGACAAGGUGUUUAACCAUAACCAUAAUUAUAACCUUGCCAUGCCAAAGGGGGUUGUAAAUGGUGGCGGUAAUGUUCGAUUCUCACCUAUGAAUUCUGGGAUCACAGUGGAGCAAGCUUUUCACAUUCUCGAAUGCCAGAAAUGGGGAGCAGCAGCCGAAACAGCCCUUGCGAAUCUGAAGGGCACUUUGAAUGCGUACCUCGCAAACCAAGUCCUCAAGAGGCUGCAAGGCCACCAGGACUCAGUGGCUCUCGGCUUCUUCUACUGGCUUAAACGCCAGCCUGGUUUCAAGCAUGACGAACACAGCUACACCACCAUGAUAGGCAUCCUUGGGCGUGCCAAGAAGUUCAGUGCUAUGAAUAGGCUCCUUGACGAGAUGUCGAGAGAUGGGUGCACACCCAAUGUGGUAACCUACAACCGCCUCAUCCACUGCUACGGUCGUGCAAAUCACCAUGCCGAGGCUGUGAAGGUCUUCUAUCAGAUGCAAAAGUUGGGAAUUGAGCCUGACCGUGUCACCUACUGCACCCUUAUUGACAUGCACUCCAAAGCCGGGUUCCUCGAUGAUGCCAUGGAUAUGUAUGCUAGGAUGCAGGAUGCAGGCCUCUCUCCUGAUACCUUCACAUACAGUGUCAUUAUCAACUGUUUGGGCAAAGCUGGGCGCCUUGCAUCAGCUUACGGGGUUUUCUGUGAGAUGGUCGAGCGAGGCUGUGUUCCCAACCUUGUUACUUAUAACAUCAUGAUUGCGUUGCAUGCUAAAGCGAGGAAUUACCCCACUGCAUUGAAGCUGUAUAGGAACAUGCAGGCAGUUGGCUUCCGACCUGAUAAGGUGACAUACAACAUCAUCAUGGAGGUGCUCGGCUGCUGCGGGUGUUUGGAAGAGGCAGAGGCGGUAUUUGCAGAGAUGGAGCACGAGAAGUGGACCCCGGAUGAGCCGGCAUAUGGGCUCAUGAUUGACAUGUGGGGGAAGUCAGGGGAUGCCGACAGGGCAUGGGGUUGGUUUGAGGCCAUGCUGCGAGGGGGCCUGCAUCCAAACGUCCCAACAUGCAACUCCAUGCUGAGCGCGUUCCUUAGGGCGCAGCGGUUCGCCGACGCACUCACCUUGCUUGAUGCCAUGCGCAUGGUUCUUGGCCUGCAACCAUCACUACAGACAUAUACUCUGCUUUUGAGCUGCUGCACAGAUGCACUGCUCACACGUAGCAAUGUGGGUGCAUGCUUGGAGUUGAUGCUGGUGGCAGUGGCAGGGCACCCGACACACACAUUCCUGUUGCACCUUCCUGGGGCAGAGCCUGGUGGUGGGAACAUCCGGGAGCAUGCGGGCGGGUUCCUCGAUGCAGUUAGGGCCGAGGAGAGGGAAGGGAAGAGAGGUUUGGUGGAUGCGGUGAUCGAUUUCUUGCACAAGGCAGGGCUCAAGGAGGAGGCGGGGUGGGUUUGGGAGGCGGCAGUGCAAAAGGAGGUUUAUGCUCAGGCUGUGAGGGAGGAGAGGCCUCUUUGGUGGGUGAUCAAUCUGCACAUGAUGUCGGAGGGUACAGCGGUGACGGCAUUGUCAAGGACACUGGCAUGGCUGCGGCGGGGCAUGCUGGAGUCAGGGGUGGGCCCCAGGCGAGUGGACAUUGUGACUGGUUGGGGGAAGCGUAGCCGGGUGACAGGAUCGUCUUUUGUGAGGCAGGCAGUACAGCACCUGCUUUGCUCAUUUGGCUUCCCAUUCCUCAUGGAGAAGGGAAAUUCGGGAUGUUUCGUGGGGUGUGGGGAGCCGCUUGGCAGAUGGUUAUCUCAUUCCUAUGUUGAGCGUAUGCAUCUCUUGUAACAGUAGUUCGACGUGCAUGCCAGGAUCAGAGGCAGUCGAUGUCAAUGCCUGGUGCCACCGAAGAAAGGUUUGUGCAAGGUUGAAAGAUAACUUGCUCUUUUCUUCUUUGGUUAAAUAUUUACUUGUGUUGCUCUUAUGCCAUUGUAUUUAUUCAUAUGCACAUGUGCACUUGUGGGGAAAAGUUUUGCUGGUUUCUUAUCCCACACUCUGAGUUUGUUGUGUAAUGGAAUCCUAUCCAGCCCGUGUGAUGCACGGGCAUAGAGUGUGAUUUUAUUACAUUUUUGUAAAUUUUUAUGUUUUAGAAGUGAUUUUUUAUUUUAUUUUUAACUCACGUGAA